AUGGAGAAGACCACGCAGUUUCAGGCAAUAUGGGACCAGGCCAAAGAAAGGUAUCGAGCGCUGACGGACAUUGACCUCGACGACCCCUCAGCACCGCAUCCGGCCUCUACGGCGGACCUGGUGACCAUUCUCGACACCCACAAUCGCGAGUUCAAGCACUUUCGUGAGAAGCGCUCUCUGGUAUUCGACUCCUUACAAUCUGCCUGCAAACCGAUCGAACUGGUGGGUAAUCUGGCCGCCGGGGCCGCAUCCAUGGCCUUCCCGCCUAGUUCGCUUUGUUUCGGCGCCGCUAUGUACCUCGUCAAUGCCGCCCACGGCGUGUCGGCCUCCUAUGACGCCAUCGCUGACUUGUUCGUCACAUUGAAAGACUUCUUAGUGCGCUUGCAGGUAUAUAACCGGGAAGACUUGCCGUCAGAGCUGCAGGCCAAGCUGGCGGAGAUCCUAGCCACCUUGCUGGAGAUCUUCGCGCGAUCGACAAAGGUAGUCCGGGGCGGGUCCCUAGGCCGCGUUCUGCAUUUUACCAAGAACAUCCUUCUCGGUCGGGACGAGACACUGCAGGGGCUAGUGGGUAGACUAGAGAAACAAUGCCAGAGUGAGCAUCGGCUGGUGGGUGCCGAGACGCUGACAGAGUCAAAAAAGACUGGCAAAGCUGUGGCCGGCAUCGCCAUGACCGUGACUGAGACCAGCAUGGCCGUGCAGGAGGGGAAUUUCAAAAUCGACGAAGUGAGUUUGGGUGUGCAGAGCAUCUCCGUGGGACAGGAGGAGUUCCGCCAGGAGAUGCGCGAGGAUAUCAAAGGCGUCAUGGCGGCCAUCAUCUCGACCGGCGGGAAUGGUACGAAGGACAUACAAAACCAGGAGGCGAUCAAGAAGAUCCUUGAACCCUCGGUAAGCCCUUUGGAUAUCUAUAAUGACAUUGCUAAGCGUCGGGUGCCGGGCACCGGCGACUGGAUCCGCACAGAGCAGCUUUUCCGCGCCUGGACAGACCAAGAGAACCCUGUCUUGUGGGUGUCGGGCAACCCGGGCAGCGGCAAGAGCUUCCUAUCGGAGAAUAUCAUAUCCUUCCUCCAGGAGAUGCACCCGCAGGGAGUGAAUCACCCGUCUCGGACGUCGAUCGGCUAUUUCUUCUUUAAGGACAGCAACCCGGAGACUCGGAGCUUCCACCGAGCCUUGCGUGACCUGGCUUAUCAGAUCUACCAGAAUGAUCCCCUCUAUCAGAGAUAUAUCCAACAGAACUGUCAUUCUCCGCAAGACGUCAAAACUAUCCAAAGCGCCUGGCGGACGCUGUUUCUCAACUAUUUCGCCGACACCGCGGCCGGAGAUGGUAGCGUUUUCCUCGUGUUUGACGGCGUGGACGAGGCUUUCCAGGAGGACCGACAGACCUUCUUAGGACUGUUAUCUGACCUUCGACGUGUCGACCCGCAUAGCACGAGGAUUCAUAUCGUGUUAGUUGGUCGCCCGGAGAUCUUUGACGACCUCGCUGAUGCCCUGGACGCCUCGCUACCCACAAUUCACGUGGAUUGGCGCAAAAACAGCAGCGACAUCGCCCAUUAUGUUGAAACCAGCAUCAAGAAGUCCCGGGUGCUUAGCCGCGCCCCUAAAGCGUUACGCGACGAGAUCGAGGAGACAUUGACGCGGAACGCCCAGGGUAUGUUUGUAUGGGUCGAUUUGAUGUUGCGAGAGCUGAGCAAGAAGACUCGUGCUAGCAGCAUCCGGGACGCCCUGACCAAAGCGCCUCGAGGGCUAGACCAGAUGCUGCGCCAUGUUUUGGAAAAUUUUAGCACCUUACUGAGGGACGAAGAACCCGACGACUUGAACGAGAUGCUGGCGUGGGUGACGUGCGCGCAGCGUCCCUUGACCCUAGGCGAGCUCGACACACUUCUUAAGAUCCGCUCUGCUGAGGGUGACGGAGUAUUCAAUCUAGAAAACAUGCUGCGCAAGCAAUACGCCUCUUUUUUUACGCUUGUGCGCGAGGAUGGGCUGACCACGGCAGACCUGCAAGGAGAUGGCAGCAGCCUGUACAAGGCAGAGAGCGAGAGUAUUGACGAUGAUGGUCUGGAGGACGUCGAAAAUGAAACCGAUUUUGACUCAAGCCCCACAACCACAAAUGUCAUCUUCUGUCAUGCGUCCAUCGGUGAUUUCUUUCGCGACCCAUCGCAAGGAAAGGUGUCUGCCGGAGAAGGCUGCACCCCCUUGGGCGUGCAUAUUGUUGAGGCCCGCGUGCACACGCUCAAGUUCUGUUUGGAAAUGGUCUGCGGUCUCAGAGCGCCGCUCGAUCCAGAAGACAGCGAGUCAAUGGAGGCAUACGCACUUAAUGCGUGGGACGAUCAUCUUCUGCAGGCCGUCCCGGUCAUCGAGCAGAUCGCCCCGGUUGACAAGCAGAGCAUUGCACAGCUACUCCUGCAGAUGCUCAGGGAUGAGGCGGUCACUAAGCGCUGGCUAUCUCAUAAGUCCUCCGACUUCGUCACUCGCGAGAACCUCGAUCCCAUAAUUGCCUUCCUUACUGACCGUUCGGCUCGCGAGACGUUGGAUGAGGAAACGUUGAAUUGGCUUUUAUUUGCUAUUGAAAAUCCUGGAGAGCUUUACAGAUCGGCAGCAACGCUCAGUUCGAAGGAAUGGCUGGGCAAGGAUUAUUGGGCCCCUGAGGUGUGCGUGAAGACUGUGCUGCAGGUGAUUCGUUUGCUGGAUCCAAAAGCUGAAGGCGAAGAGGAAGCUUCCAACAAGACAGCCACCGCCGAGGACGAAGAGGGAGCUUCGAGCGAGAUACCCACCGUCGAAGAGAUCAGUAGAGCCGCCGAAUGGCUGCCCCUGGAGCAAUCUGCCAAUUGGCACCGCCGCCUAGCCAUGUGUCUCCGGGCAUACGGUCACCAUCAAGCGUCUAUCAAUGAAUUUGCUCGAGCCUUGGAGCUAGACGACAAGCUCUGGACUGCCCGUGAGGGCAUGGCAAAAGCUUAUAUGGAGCAAAGGGAUUAUACAAAAGCCAUCGAGCUGUUCAAGUACGAUGAACUCUAUGUGGAGGAUUUGCUUGCCCAGGGCAAAUGCAGCGAGGAGGAGGGAUCGGAUCGGGCGAACCCUGACAGUCUCAGUGACGCCUGCGAAGAAAUAGCUGCCUGUUACCUUGCAUUAUCCGACCCGGAAAAUGCCUUGCUAUAUUAUCGCAAGGCGUUUGAAAACUCCAACCGGCGGUAUUCAAAUCUGCAAUUCUGCGUGCAGCUUCUGGACGAACUGAACGAUGAGAAUUUCAACGAAAUAAUUACCCUGCUCAAGACCUUGGAAGAUGAUAUUGAAGGCGACGACAUAACGCGCAUGACAGAAUUCCUAUUCUCUCCAAACUGGUCCCAGAAUCCCUUUCUUCACACUUGCGUGGCGGCGGUUGCUCACAAGGCGGGUGAAAUUGAAUGGCUUGAAAAUGCCUAUCAGACGGCAAUCAGCGCCGCUAAGCGCCGACGGUUGCCCGUGAUUGCCCUGGCCUUGGACACCUUCCUGGCCGAAGUGUACUCCAAGUACAGUGACAAGGAGGAUCAAGCCAUGGAUAUCUGGAAACGCGUCAUGAACUUCCCCGUUUUGUCAAGCGAUGCCAGUCACCUGAUCCGAUACUACAAACGCAACGUUGAAAGCUCCUACGCGUACAAUCUGUUCGCCAAAACCCUCAAAGAAGAUGACCCCGCGGCUCGGGAGGUCCAUAUUCAAGCAUUGGAUGGCUUGGCCAAGCAUACCGCAAUGGCAUUAGAGGAGAAGCCGGGUGACAUCCUGGCUAAUCAAUCUGCCAUGUAUAUGGGCGUCUGGCACCGUUUGCAGGGCCGUGACGACGAGGCGCGAAUUUACUUCCGGCCGUACGUGAGGAGCAACCUGCAACUACUCUCGGAUGACGACCCGGACAACGACCAAUCGGCGUGGUUCGAAUUGGCGCACGUGCUGGCUCGUGCUGGCCUGGACUCGUAUGCUCGCGCUAUUCUAUACACACAUCAUAAUGUAGUCAGCGAGGACGAGCUGUCCAGCCCCGUCGGCGACGACUCCAACGAGGACAACAAUGUAAAUGAUGCCGCCGCAUUGUCAGCCGCCCUAGAGAAUCGCAUGGCCACGGCGUGGCAUAUUGCAAGCGGAGAUGGCGUUAGCGGAGUAGGCGUCUGGUACUGUGAUGGAUGUAGACGAAGCUGGGGGAACUGGACCGACGCACGUGUCUGCCGCUACUGCCAGGCAGACCUCUGCAGUGAGUGCUUCGGACGUAUAGGGCAAGGUGACCUCGCCAAGGUCUGCCAUGUCGAUCAUGACUGGCUGUACAUCACAGCACCGGAAAAGGUGGCACAGCCGGGGAAUAUCUACUUCGAGAACCGGAUGAUGUCAUUUGAUGAGUUCAAGGCAUUGCUGGCAGAACGUAUCGGAUGA